UGAAUCCAGCCACAAAUUACGAAGAAGAACACAGAGAGAGAGAGAGAGACUACUCCAAUGUCCGCUUCCCUCCUCCCGAGCUCAAUUGAAGGCAGCAGCGGUAGAAACCCUAAGUGACUGACUGUGUACGACUUGAUAGAAAGAGAGAGAGAGAGGAAAUGGCGCUUCGCCGAGACAAGGCGGCGGCUCAGUCUUCACUUCGCGGAUCUCGAAUUCUUGUGGCCAUUGUCGUCGGAGUCCUUAUCGGCUGUGUCUUCGCCUUCUUGUAUCCUCACGGCUUCUUCUCCAACUCUGAUGAUCCGCUCAUCCAAAACCGCCGAAUCGGGAAAUCGGACCUCCAGAGUAGCUCUUCUCAAUGUGAACCACCGGAACGGAUUAACAUGCUGAGGUCUGAUAUUGGAGCACUGUCGGACAAGAAUGCUGAGUUGAAGAAGCAGAUACAAGACCUAACUGAAAAGCUACGGCUGGCUGAGCAGGGGAAAGAUCAUGCACAUGAGCAGUUUUCAGUGUUAAGCAAGCCACACAAGGCUGGCCCUUUUGGUACCGUCAAGGGCUUGAGGACUAACCCGACUGUUACUCCUGAUGAAUCUGUGAAUCCGAGGUUGGCAAAGAUCUUGGAGGAAGUAGCGGUUCAUAAAGAACUCAUAGUUGUACUGGCAAAUUCUAAUGUGAAAUCCAUGUUGGAGGUGCAGUUUACGAGCAUCAAGAAGGCUGACAUAACCAAUUAUCUUGUUGUUGCAUUAGACGAUCAGAUUGAAGAAUUUUGCAAAGCCAAUGAUGUUCCUGUAUACAGGAGAGCUCCAGAUGAAGGUAUUGAUUCAGUUGCAAAGACUGGAGGUAACCAUGCCGUCUCUGGGUUGAAGUUCCGUAUCUUGAGGGAAUUUUUGCAACUAGGUUAUGGCGUACUUCUCUCAGAUGUUGAUAUAGUGUACUUGCAGAAUCCAUUCAAUCAUCUCUAUCGGGAUUCCGAUGUAGAGUCAAUGACUGAUGGUCACAAUAACAUGACAGCUUAUGGAUACAAUGAUGUUUUUGAUGAACCUUCUAUGGGUUGGGCUCGUUAUGCUCAUACAAUGAGGAUAUGGGUUUAUAACUCUGGCUUCUUUUACUUAAGACCUACACUUCCUGCAAUUGAGCUUUUGGAUCGUGUGGCUGGACGGCUUUCUAGGGAAAAAGCAUGGGACCAAGCUGUUUUUAAUGAAGAGCUGUAUUUCCCUUCACAUCCGGGGUAUGAUGGGCUUCAUGCUGCCAAGAGAACGAUGGAUUUCUAUAUGUUUAUGAACAGCAAGGUUCUCUUCAAGACGGUCAGGAAAGAUGCUAAUUUGAAAAAGUUGAAACCAGUAAUCCUUCAUGUAAAUUACCACCCAGACAAACUUCCAAGAAUGAAGGCAAUUGUAGAGUUCUAUAUUAAUGGCAAGCAAGAUGCGCUGGAACCUUUCCCUGAUGGUUCUGAUUGGUAGUCAUAGUUCAACAGAAGAUCUGCUCUGACCCCUGGAUGGGCUAAACAGUAACACAAUGCUGUCUAAUUCAAUUCAUACAAGUAGGUUAAAUCGACUGCACCUUCUGAGGCCAAAUUCAAGUAUCCCUUUCCCUUCCCGUGAGUUUCCUUUUAAGUUCUGGUUUUGUAUUGAUAGUAAUAGUAACUUCGUGAGUUUCAGUUGGGUAUGCCCUGAGAUGACCUUUUGUUCUGUAUCAUAUAUUAUAUAUACACGAAGAAAUCUCAUUUAAGGGUUUCUCAUCUUCCUGUCAUUGA